AUGGCUUUUGUUCACUGCGGGUCUGAAGAGUGCACCAAAUCCGAACUAGACUUGUUUCAAAUAGCCCCUACGCAGACCAGCAUCGAGAAAAGCAUUUACAUCGAGGUGCCACCUCUAUCGGCCGUUACGGAGUCUGCCCCCAUUGACUUUUUUAUAGCAGGGAAUGGCAUAGAUUAUAUGGAUUUAAACAACACGCUGCUUUACCUGUGUUGCAAGAUUGUAAAAGGAGACGGAACUGAACUUGCUGCGAACGCCGAAGUGGGCCUGGUGAAUUACCCCGUGGCCUCUAUUUUCAGUCAGUUGGAUGUUACGCUGGGACACCGCCUUGUAAGCCAAAGCAACAACUGUUACCCUUACAAGGCCUUUAUAGAAUCAGUGCUCAAUUACAGCGAUGACACCCUCGUCACGCAAUUUUCUGCCGGCCUGUUUUACAAAGACACUGCUGGACAACAUGAAAAAACAGAGUUGUAUGGAGAGAAUCUAGGGUUUGUGAAGCGUGCAAAGCUGACGGCCCAGAGCAGAAUGGUAGAGCUGCUGGGCCAUCUACACAGUGACCUGUUUUUUCAAGAAAAACUUUUGUUAAACGGAGUGGAUGUGAAAAUUAAACUGACACGCAGUAAAGAUGCCUUCUGUUUAAUGGGCAGUGCGGCUGAAGGCUUUAAACUGCGCAUUGUAUCAGCGUCUCUUUUUGUGAAGAAAGGAUUUGUGGAUAACGAUGCCUUUAGCGGCAGUUACACUAAAAAUCUCUUUCAUUUUAAACAUUACGAUAUUAAUUUUGUGGCCCUGUAUGUGGAUGGUGAACAGGUACCAACCAAGCCUCUGCAACCGGACUUCGAGGCAGGACGCUGUAUGAGAGAAUACAUGAAUCUGGUACAGACAGCUGGUAAACACAUGAAAGAUCGUUCUCUGUUAAUCGACCGUGAGGAGUUUGCACAGGGUUACACCUUGUUUGCCUUUGACCUGUCUCCCGAUCAGGAAUGCGCAGAUCACUAUUCCCUGAUUAAAACCGGGAACCUGAGAGCAGAAAUACGGUUUGGAAAGGCUUUAACCAUUACCGUCAAUAUGAUUGUAUAUGGGAGUUUUGACAAUGUCAUAGAAAUAAAUCAGAGAAGAAACGUUCUGUUUGACUAUAUGUGA